UGCAAAGUGAUAUCAGUCGUGUUUGAAACGUCGUCUAAGCCAAAUGGAAAUUUCGACUCACAAAACAUAACACACUUGGCAAAUAUUUCGUAUUUAAAACUAAAUGAGAAUUUUUGAAUGAAAGUUUACAUUUAAAAUAAAAUAAAAACUGGUUUCGAAAGACAGUAGAAAAAAAGAAAGAAAAUUCUAAUAGCACCGAAAAAAAUACUGUCAAACUAUAGCAUUCCCGUUAUCUAUGAACGAUUGAUUUAUGAACUUAUAAAAAAACGAUUGUUUUGGUUCGAUUUCUAAAUUAUUUCAGCGAAAGAUAUUUUGAGUGAAACGAACGAUUACGCGGCAUCGGACGAUUUUCAGUUUAUCUCUUUUACUUUUUUUUAUUUCACACGACACUUGAAGCUUUAAUAAAACAAAAUAUAUAAAUAAUUAAAUAUAUAUAAUUUUGAGAUAUAAAAAAGAUGGGCAAAGACGAACAAAUUGAUGCCCAAGUGACAAAAUCAAAACCAUCCAACGAAUCAAAUCUAAAAACAACUGUCGAUGAUGAACUUACGAAAAUUGGCAACGGAGGCCCAUGGGUUUGGAAGUUAUUUUUCCUGUGUGUUACACCAAAUAUAUUAAACGGUUUCCAUGUAUCAUCGUAUGUUUUUUUGGGUCAACCGCCAAAAGACUAUUGGUGUGACAUCAACGAGCUAAAAAAUUCAAAUUUCAGUGAUCAUCAAAAGCGAACCAUAUCAUCAACAAAUAAUGGCCUUGGCGAUGGAUGUAAAAUAUUAAAUUGGGACUAUUCAUAUUUGAGUUCAAUGAGCUACGAUGAUGCUGUUUCAUAUACACAAUCACAUCCCAAACCUGACGCAAUCUCGUGUUUGGACAAACCAAACAAUGGCUAUUAUUACGUUCAAGAGCCGGGCUCCUCAAUUGUCCUCGAGUGGGAUUUAAUUUGUGAAAAAAGCUUUUGGCGAACAACCGUUGCCACGGCCGUAUCAGUUGGAAAAUUUUUAGGAGCAACUACAUUUGGUAUUUUAUCGGAUAAAUAUGGUAGAAGGACAUGCUUUAUUAUUGGUUCAAUAUUUUAUAUAACUGGAAGUGUUCUGACAACAUUUUCACCAUGGUACUGGCUAUUCCUCAUUGGACGUGUACUCUUGGGAUCAUCCAGCUCUGGUCUUUUCUAUCCAGCAUUCUCAUUGUUAACGGAAAAUAUUGGAUCAAAGCAUCGCUCAUGGAUGAGUAUCGCAUUCUCGAUGUCAUAUCCCGUUGGUAUGAUUUUAUUGGCAAUUUCAGCUAACUACAUCCAUGCAUGGAGGCAACUUCAAUUCUCACUAACUGUACCUGCAUUUUUAUUGGUGUUUUAUUGCUAUUUCCUCAGUGAAUCACCGCGAUGGUUGAUCAGUAAAGGACGUGAGGCAGCAGCUUAUCGUAUUGUAUUUAAUAAGAAAUGUGAUAUGGAAUUUGAAGAGAAAGCUGCUUCAAAAGCAAAAGAAGCUGAACAACAGGCCAAGGAUGCUGAUCAAAAUAAAACAAAGAUGCAGCGAAUUUUCAAAGAGUUGCAUGCAUUAUAUGGGCCAUCCCGAUUGCGUCGAAUGGCAUUGAUUUGUCAUUACACAUGGUGUGUGACGGCGUUGUCGUAUUAUGUGACUGCAUUGAAUGCCGAUAACUUGGCAGCCGAUCGGGUAACUUAUGUAGCGUCAACGGGUGCUGUUGAUUUUACUAGUCUUAUUUUAUCGAUGACACUAUUGAAUUUCUUCGGACGAAAGAUAUCAUCGUGUGGUUUGUUCGCACUAUCCGGUUUCUUUUUACUCUCUUUAAUCAUAAUACCAAGAGAUAAUAAAAACUUGAUAGUAUUUUUUGCGAUGGCCGGUCGAUUUGGUAUAACAGCUGUCUAUUCCAUUGUGACAUUGCAUACGGCUGAAAUGUUUCCAACGAGUAUAAGAAAUUCCGCAUUGGGGACGAGCAGUACAUCGAGUCAUGUCGGAAGCAUUAUGGCGCCAUAUGUUGUCGAUUUCUUGGGACAAAUUGCAUGGUAUAUCCCAACUACGAUAUGCGGUGUAUUGAUUGUAGUUGCUGGAAUGCUGUGCCUCACACACCCAGAAACAAGAUCUAAAGAUUUAAAAGACCAAGUUUAAUGCACAAAAACGCAUUUUCACAAUUUCCUCUAUAAAUUUAUUGUAAUUUUCCAAAAUUAUUCGUUACACAAUGUACACCGAUUCCCAAAUAAUCGGUGAUCAAUUUUAUUUUCUCUAAUUUAAGCUAGUGUAAUUUUAUUUGAAGGUAUAGAAUAAGAAAAUGUGUAAGAUAGACAAAGGUAUGAAAAAUAGUCAAAUAUAGAAUACAAAAAUUUAAGACAAUUAUUUACAGAAAUGGCCAAUCGAAUGACGUGAUAUUCGAUAUAUUAUCGAUAGGUAUUUUUACAAAUAAAAAUGACAAAUAAUUUGUGACAGAAAAAUGUAAAACCAAUCUUACAAAUAAAAUGUUUCAAACAAAAAGAGAAAAUAAAUUAUGU